AUGUACGCGAUGGUAUUCAUUUUUCGCUACUUGGAUCUGUUUUGGAGCUACAUUUCGCUUUACAACACGACCAUGAAGCUCGUGUUCAUCACGACGACGGUCUACUUGAUCUACCUGAUGCGCUACAAGGUUCCGAUCUCCCAGACGUACGAGCGAAGCACGGACUCCUUCCAGUACGAACUCUACGUCCUUGGCCCGUGCUUCGUGAUCGGCUUACUGUGCACCGAGGAGUACACGAUACCUGACAUCCUGUGGUCCACGUCCAUCUGGCUCGAGAGCGUCGCACUGUUGCCACAGCUCGUCCUCCUGCAGCAGGCCCGCGAGGUCGAGAACCUCACCGCGGACUUCGUGGGAACACUGGGCGCCUACCGCUUCUUCUACAUCCUGAACUGGAUCUAUCGCUAUUUCGCGGAGGACUACGUCAACGUGGUAGGAUGGAUUGGUGGCCUGGUCCAGACCGGGUUGUACUGCGAUUUCUUUUAUUACUACGCGAAGAGUAAGUGGUAUGGCAACAAGCUGGUUCUGCCAGUCUUGCAGAGCCGCCUGCUUCGCUUCAGCCUCGCACCAGGGGCGGGGCCACGCGAGCUGCUGGCCCUGUUGGCAGCGCUGUCCUCGGUGCCGGGAGCCCUGGCCCUGCGCCUGCGGACGCCGGGCCCCGAGGGCGAGGAGCGCGCCCUCCACCUUGCCGACGCGGCAGCCGCUGCCGCUGAGCGCAGGACUCUGGCCGCUCACCUGGCACUCUGCGUCGCGCUCGCCGGCUGGGCCAGCGCCGCGGUGGGCUUCGUCGCUCCGGGAGCUCGUGGCGGCGCCAGCCCGCGGUCGUUCCGCGGCGCCGUGGAGCUGCAGCGUCCGUCGGCGGCAGAGGAGCAGAUCCUGGAGGCAUCCAAUCCCCUGGCGAGCCUGGCUGUCUUCGCCGCCACCCUCGGCCUCGCAGUGACGAUGGUGGCCAGCCCGGUGCGCGCGGACGACGAAGCCCAGGACAGCCAGAGCACCAUUGCAGGCAAGAUCUCCAGGAAGAAGAAGAAGCGCGAGGCCCAGGUGGCCGAGGCGAAGAAGGAGGAGAGGGUGGCGGCGGCGCCAGCGGCGCAGGAGUCCGGCGGUGGCUUCAGCAUCUCCCUGCCGAGCUUCAGCAUCCCCAACAACUUCGAGGCGGCCCCGAAGGCCGUGAAGCCCGCGGACUCCGAGGCCGCGCCCGUGAAGCCCUUCAAGGUCAGGGGGGACAAGGUCUACAUCAACCCCUCGGACGAGCUGGACCUCGACGAGGUCCCGCUGGGCGCCCCCAACCCGCCGCUGCUGGCCGCUUUCCUGUUCGGCCCCUCGUUCAUCUACCUGGCCUUCUGGGUCCUGGGAUCCCUGGAGAUUAUCUGA